UUGUCCGUUACUCACGUAAUUCGUCCUUCGUGACUAUUCAACUUUCUCGUGCUGUGGGCGAAGACCCUGUUCAUGUUCCUGUUCCUGGCGGGCACGAGUCAGUGUAACCCAAACCCACACUUCGGCCGUCUUCCGCGCGCCACACAAACAUCCUUGGAGAAGCUAAGGUGGUUGUGCAUGUGCAUCUUCCCACACUUUGCUACACAUUGGUAGACAGGAUUGCCUGACGUCGCCGCGAAGCCGUCAAUAUGGACGCUGCCGGUUUAAGGAGCCGUAUCCACAGCAUACUCAGUGCUGAUGCGGAUAUCCGCCGGCAGGCAGAGACUGAACUGAAAGCUGCCGAAAGUUCGCCAGGCUUCCUGGGCGCAUUGCUGGACAUCCUAGAGGCGGAGCAGGACAAUGGCGUUAGGUUAUCCACUGUCGUCUACUUCAAGAACCGCAUCAACAAGGGCUGGGGCCUAUCGCAGGACGCAUCACCCGAGCAUGGGAUACCAGAGCAAGAGAAGGCCACAGUGAGGGCGCGACUGGUGCCGAUCAUUGCUACAGCACAGCCCAAUGCUCGAGCUCAACUUGUUGUGGCAUUGCAAAAGAUACUCCACACAGACUUUCCCAAGCAUUGGCCAAACUUCGUCGAUAUCACCAAUAACCUCCUCAACGCGCAAGACGUCCGCUCGGUGUUUGCUGGGUUGCAGUGCUUGCUGGCAAUAUGUCGGACGUACCGAUUCAAGAUGGGCGACAACCGCAGCGACUUCGACCAGAUUGUAGCAGUCACCUUCCCACACUUGCUGCAAAUAGGAAAUAGUCUGGUUGCGGAGGAAAGUAUAGAGGCCGGCGAGAUGCUGCGGACAGUGCUCAAGGCGUACAAGCACGCGAUUUACUUUGAGCUGCCGGUGCCGCUCCGGACACAGCAGGAGAUGGUGAACUGGUGUACCCUCUUCCUCCGCGUUGUAGGCAAAGAGCCACCAGCCUGCUCCAUGGUUGAAGACUUGGACGAGCGAGAAUUAAAUCACUGGUGGAAGUGUAAGAAGUGGGCAUACGUCAACCUGAACCGGCUUUUCGUGCGGUAUGGCAACCCUGCGAGCUUGCAAAAAGGCAACGGCGAAGACUAUACUCAAGUGGCCAAAUCCUUCGUCGACAACUUCGCGCCGGAGAUUCUCAAAGGCUACUUGCAGCAGAUCGAACGAUGGGUGCACAAGCAAGUUUGGCUGAGCAAGCCCUGCUUGUCCCAUACUCUGCAAUUCAUGGACGAAUGCGUGAAACCGAAGACAAUGUGGGACUGCCUUAGACCACAUAUGCCCGUCUUGGUUCGUCACCUGAUCUUCCCGGUGCUCUGUCAGUCAGAUGAGGAUCUUGAGCAAUUCCACGACGAGCCUGCAGAGUAUCUGCACCGAAAGCUCAACUUCUACGAGGAGGCUUCAGCGCCCGACGUUGCUGCCACGAACUUCCUGGUCACACUCACGAAGGCUCGACGGAAACAAACGUUUGAGAUUCUAACGUUCAUCAACGAUAUUGUCAACCGGUACGAGGCUGCACCGGACGACCAAAAAGACCCACGGGAGAAGGAGGGCGCUUUGCGGAUGAUUGGCACUCUUGCCAACGUCAUCCUGGGGAAGAAAAGCCCCAUUGCAGACCAAGUCGAGUACUUCUUCGUGCGACAUGUAUUCCCAGAGUUCCGGAGUCCGCACGGCUUCUUGCGCGCACGAGCGUGCGACACGCUUGAGAAGUUCGAGUCUCUCGACUUCAAGGAUCCGAACAACCUAACAAUUAUCUACCGCAACAUCCUCGAGUCUAUGGCGGAUGAAUGCCUUCCAGUACGGGUAGAGGCGGCGCUCGCGUUGCAACCGCUCAUUCGGCAUGACCCAAUCCGCCUCAUGAUGCAGCAGAACAUCCCACAGAUAAUGCAGCAACUCCUCAAGUUAGCGAACGAAGUUGACGUGGACGCGCUUGCCAACGUGAUGGAGGACUUUGUCGAAGUCUUUGCGCCUGAGCUGACGCCGUUCGCCGUAGCGCUAAGCGAACAGCUUCGGGAUACGUACGUACGGAUAGUCAAGGAGCUCAUCGAGCGCAACCAGACAAGGGAGUCAGAUGAAGGCUACGGCGACUUCCUGGACGACAAGAGCAUUACUGCACUUGGCGUGCUCCAGACUAUCGGCACACUAAUCCUCACCCUAGAAAGCACUCCUGACGUUCUCGCGCACCUGGAAACGAUCCUCAUGCCAGUCAUCACGAUUACACUCGAACAUAAGCUGUACGACCUGUAUAAUGAAGUCUUUGAAAUCAUUGACAGCUGCACGUUUGCCGCCAAGGUCAUCACGCCUACCAUGUGGAAGGCCUUCGAGCUCAUACAUGCAACCUUUCGAUCAGGAGCGGAGCUCUACCUUGAAGACAUGCUGCCCGCGCUGGAGAACUUUGUCAACUAUGGCUCACAAGCGCUGCUCGAAAAUCGAGCGUACCUUGACGCCAUUGUGAAUAUGGUCCGCACCAUUUUUAAGGACGAGAAGGUGGGAGGUGUGGACAGGAUAUGCGGCUGCAAGCUUGCUGAAAUUCUCAUGCUCAACUUGCGAGGUGGCAUUGAUGAUAAGGUCCCGGAGUUUAUUUCGCUUGCCAUGGGAGUACUGACGAACGAUGAGCUGAAAGUGAAGUCAUACCGGAUACACCUUAUGGAGAUGGUCAUCAAUGCAGUGUACUACAACCCGCGGCUGUCGCUGAACGUGCUCGAGGCCAACGGAUGGACCAACAAGUUCUUCAGUUUCUGGUUCGGCAGCAUUGACAGCUUCACGAGGGUGCACGACAAGAAGCUCUCAGUAGGCGCUAUUACCGCGCUGCUGACGCUGAGAGGAGACGAAGUACCACACAGCGUGCAACAAGGUUGGCCGAGAUUACUGCAAGGUAUAGUGCGAUUAUUCCAAACCUUGCCCGCCGCGUUGAAGAACCGCGAGGAAGCUCAGCGGGAAGAGGACUUCGGCCUCAGUGGUGAUUACGAUGAAGACGAAGAAGACGAAGGCGCAUGGGAAGGAGAAGAUUGGCAGGCCGAGGAGGAGGCAGAAACAACUGACGUCAAAGACGAAAGCACGGCCUACCUCGACUUCCUCAGCCAACAAGCGAAGAAGUUCAAUGACGCGGUGGGUGAGGACGAAGAUGACGACGAGCUCGAAGAAGAGAGUCUACUUGAAACGCCGCUUGAUGCCAUGGAGCCAUAUGGCUUGUUCAAGACGGCGCUGCAGGCAAUGUCUCAGCAACAACCGCAGCUGUACGCUCAACUCACAAGCGCGCUUGGUCCCGAGGAGCAGCAGAUCAUCAAAGUCGCGAUAGAGAACGCGGACAAGAUUGCAGCAGACCAAGCAGCUUUACAGGCGCAAGCGCAAGCGCAAGCACAAGCCGAAGGUGGCGCUGCAGGAGCGGUGCCGCAUACGAACGGCACCAGCUGAGUCUACUCAGUCUUGCGAUCUUAGCAGUGCAUUCGUCCAUUGAUAGAUACCCAAUCCUAAUGUUCCGCGACGAUCGCGUUUAUGAUGUGGCUCUUUUGAGGUCCAACACAAGCAGCUGACGACAGUGAGCGCCUCAGGGGACGCUCGCCCUCACAUGCUGGCUGAAUGUCAUGCUCCCUGUUCUCAGAUUCACCAGCCGCGCCAACAAGGAAUCGUAA